CGAGCCGUGUAUUGUUCUCUCCAGAGCUUUACAGUAGCAGCAUGUGCUCUGGAUGGGAGGUCGCUCUGAACUUGCGCUGAGGCCAUUUAUCGGUAAACCGGAAAGCGAAGCGCGGUCGGAGAACAAGGAGGGAUCAGAGGCAAACUACUUAGCCAGUAAACACGACAUACUGUCGGUGCUAAAGAGACAAUUAGUGUAAGUGAGAGGACGCAUACCGGCAGCCGAGAGAAACGGGUCUGAUCCUCAACUGGAGAUCAAUGGAAGCGAGGAUAACAUAUGGAUACAGCCGAUGUCUACAGGGACGGGCUGUCGAUGUAUGAUGGCAGGUCGGACAUGCACGUUGUGCCGACUAAAACAGUGUAAGACCACAGAUGGACGCCCUGUGUAAUGGAGCCAAGAAACCCGAGGGUGGUAGUGAUUCCGUUUUAGACCCCCGGCCCCCUCCUGCCAAGCUGGCUCGACUGGAACAAAACGGAGCGGGACCCUCGGCCCAGGAGAGGAGCAAUCAGGGGAGUCCUUUGGCCAAAAACCCCUGUCUGAAACCCACCGCAGUGAGGCCACUGAGCAAGAGCUGGCACAGCAAAGGGAGCCUGCUGCCUGUGUUCUGUGUGGUGGAGCACAAGGAAAGCCCUCAGGAGGGAGAGAGGAAAGAAGAACACGCUGAGUUUGUGCUGGUCAAGAGAGAUCUGCUGUUUAACCAGCUGAUAGAGAUGGCCCUGCUGACACUGGGCUACUCACACAGCUCUGCUGCACAGGCCAAAGGUCUCAUCCAGGUUGGAAGAUGGAACCCGGUGCCUCUGUCUUGUGUAACAGAUGCUCCUGAUGCAACAGUGGCUGAUAUGCUGCAGGAUGUUCACCACGUUAUCACCCUUAAAAUACAGCUGCGCAGCUGUCCCAAGUUGGAGGACUUGCCUCCCGAGCAGUGGAGUCACUCCACAGUGAGAAAUGCUCUGAAGGAGCUCCUCAAUGACAUGAACCAGAGCUCCCUGGCCAAGGAGUGCCCCCUCUCCCAGAGUAUGAUAUCAUCUAUUGUAAAUAGCACUUACUAUGCAAAUGUCUCAGCUGCCAAGUGUCACGAGUUUGGUCGAUGGUACAAGCACUUCAAGAAGACCAAAUGCUUCAAGGAGAUUGACAGCGUCUCCGACCAGUCCACACACAUCACCCUCACCCAGCAGUCGAUCACAAGUAGCCCAGCCGAUCAAAGCUCAACCCUCUUUUUCUCUCAUGGAGAAGUAGCCAACAUAUGUGGCCAUUCCCCCCUCGGCCUGCGACCGCCCGGGUUGGUAACCCAGCCUAUCAGCUCACAAAUGGUCAACCAGCAGUUGGUGAUGGCCCAGUUCCUCAACCAGCAGUAUGCUGUUAGCCGCAUGCUAGCUGGCCAGGGUCUCUCACCGUCCCCACAGCAGUAUCUCAACCACCCGCCUGUAGGAAGAGCUCCCCCCGCCAUGGUCUUCUCCAAAGCCCCCGAUUCCCAAGCCCCACAGCAGGCACAGUGUGGCCCGGGGGGAGGUCCUGCAGCCGGGCUGCAAACCCAGGCAUUGUCUGGGUCUUCUGUGGGGCCAACAGACGUGCCAAUUGAGAUCUACCACUGUGUGAAGGAGGAACUGAAGAGAGCUGGCAUCUCCCAAGCCAUCUUUGCUCGGGUGGCCUUUAACAGGACCCAGGGCCUUCUGUCAGAGAUCCUGCGGAAGGAGGAGGAUCCUAACCAAGCCUCCCAGUCUCUGCUGGUCAACCUGCGGGCCAUGUACAGCUUCCUGCAGCUGCCCGAGGCUGAGAGGGAGCUCAUCUACCUGGAGGAGAAAGACAGAAGCCUGACUGGAUUUACACCGAGCUGCAACAACACCCCACCAAGAUCCACACAGUCAAGACUGUCCCCAGUUACAGGAGACAUAGGGUUGAGGACAGAGAGUUGUGUCCUCAAUGUCAGUGCUUCCAUCUACGAGGACAUCCAGCACGAGAUGAAGAGAGCCAAGGUGUCUCAGGCUCUGUUUGCAAAGGUGGCCGCCUCCAAGAGUCAGGGCUGGCUGUGUGAGCUAUUGCGAUGGAGGGAGGAUCCCAACCCAGAGAACCGGACCCUGUGGGAGAAUCUCUGUAUGAUCCGCCGGUUCCUCAGCUUGGCCCAGACUGAACGAGAUGCUAUCUAUGAACAGGAGAGCAGCAACACGACAGCACAGCAGCAGUGCGCUGACAGGCUUACACUGCUCAGCAACGACAAUACACUGUACCAACGCAACUCUCCGCUGCCACAGCAACAUCAUCUUCAACACCAUCUUCAACCCCAUCAACCCCUGCAGCCAGAGGCAGGACCGCACCUGUCUCCACGGCAACCAUGUGCUGCGUCACCAGCUGAGUCGGAGGCGGGGGGCAACUGGGGGCACAUGAGAGUACGUCUGCAGGGCAGGGGCAGUAGUAAUGGUGAGAGAGGGGACAGCAAGGACUGGGUUGAGGGGGGACAGGGAGAGAGAAGCAGUUUGGGAGGGGACUGGGGUUGUAUUGGUCGGGUGAGGCACAAGGGCACAGAAAGCAACGAGCAGGUGAUGGAUGGAAAUGUGGGUGAUGAUGAGAUUAAUGAAAUCCUCGGAAACAGCAAAGAGGAGAUGGAGAAGCUGUCUAUGAAGUGGCCUGGUGUGAAAGAUGAGGACGGAGGGGGGGUCAGGGUUUGUUCAGAGGCAGAUACUGAGGUCGAAGGUGCAGAUGAGGUCCAAGGUGAGGGGUUAAGGGUCUCCCACGAAGCACUGGGAAUCCUGCAGAGCUUCGUUCAGGAUGUGGGCCUCAACCCAGACGAGGAAGCCGUCCACACCCUGUCGGCUCAGCUGGGCCUGCCCAAACACACCAUCCGUAGAUUUUUCAAUAGCCAGGCUCACGACCGGCAUCAACAUGACAGCCAGAGUCCAAAACAGAUUCGAAACAACCAACAUGGCUGCACAGACCCAAACCUCUCGCAGACGGACAUACCUGCAGAGGAACAUAAGGGGGAAGGUGAUAGAAAGACUGAAACAGAACAAAAGGAGGAGGAGGAAAAACAAACAAGGAGAGAUGAAGGAAGCAACAUUACUGUUUUAAAAGAAUCUGAAGUUGCCACUCAAACCAUCUGCUCGAUGAAGGAGGAGCAGGAGAGAUACAUCUAACCCAAAUCCAGUGACACAUGAGGACUGACUCACAUUGUUUUGGUGUUUUAGAGAUGAGUGUCCUCAAAGGCUGUGGAAAGACUAAAAGCUGACUAUAUGUUUAUACCACAGCUUAUACAGAUGCUUGUGUGCAUACUACACAGUUCACCUGCAAUAGAAAGCUUAGACAGCUCUCGGUUGAUUUCAGCAUCUCUACUGCAACUUAAGACAGAAUAUAACUGUGACUGGCUGUGCAGAUAAUGUUAUUACACAUCAUUUCUGUGUCGAUAUAUGUGUGAAUGGUACCAAGUACUGAUUACAUAUCACUGUUAAAAAAGAGUAAUUAUAGUUGGUUGACUGAUCUACAGUUAGAGAAAUGUUCAAACCAGAAAUGCCUUGUAGAAAGUGGCACUGCCAGUCUGUUUUUCUUUUGCGAUGUCCAUUGUUUUUGCGUUGUGUUUUGGAUCAGUCAUUUUAAACUGUUUCCUUCAGGAAUCUCACUGUUACUGUAUCUUACAUUGUUGUUGUUUGUCACAUUGUAUUAAAUAUACAUUUCCUGA